AUGCCUUUCACGUUGGAAAAUCAAAUUGUUUUAAUUACCGGAGGUUCACAAGGUUUAGGUACUCAAUUUGCUAGAAAAUAUUUCAAAGAAACUAAAAAUACAAAAAUUAUUAUAGUAAGUAGAUCAGAAUCAAAAUUACAAACCGCAAUCAGAUCAAUAACAUCAUCUUCACUUGAAGAAAACAUUGAAAACUAUAACUUAUCCAAUUAUAGUAGCGGGAAAAAAGUAAACGCGAACAAAAGGUUAUUAUAUUCACCAUGUGAUCUAUCAGACUAUAAUUCAGUAUCCGCCUUACUAGACAUAUUACUUGCACAAGACCUCUCUCCCACCCAAAUCUACCUCUGUGCAGGUGGGUCCAUUCCCAAACUCUUCAAAGAUUUAACCUCAAAAGAAUUAGAGAUGGGUGUCCAAAUGAAUUACCUAACAUCUCUAUAUCUAUCACAUAAGAUUGCUCAGUUACAGUUACAAUCGCAUCUAAUCUUCUUCUCUAGUGUGACUGCAUUCUUUCCCUUCAUUGGUUACUCACAAUACGCUCCAUUAAAAGUAUCAAUGAAAUCAUUAGUAUCCAUCCUAAGACAAGAAUUAUUAGGAACUAACAGAAUAUCAUGUGUAUAUCCUGGGAAUUUCCAAAGUGAAGGGUUCGAAUUGGAAGAACUAACAAAACCAGAAAUUACAAGAGAGAUUGAAGGUCCAUCAUCACCUAUACCAGUGGAUAGAUGUUGUGACAUUAUCGUUAAACAAUUACAAUAUGGAUAUGACGAUAUUACGACCGAUCUUAUUGGUUGGUUAUUGAUGAGUUUGGAUAUGGGAUUGAAUAAACAUAAUAAUAAUUCUAUUGCCUGGAUGGUGCAGUUGAUCGUGGGGGCAUUGGUUAAUUUGAUUGUUGUGCCCUUCUAUAUGGCGUUUUGUAAAUUCCAAAUUAAAAAUUGGUUCAAGAAGGAACAAGCAAAAAAGGAUUUGGACAAUAAGAAAAAAGAGCAAUAA